AUGUUUACCCCUCGAGUAUCUCGCACUUUAGCCCGCGCAUUCCAAACGCGCAUGGGAGCUUCGUCUGUAAAAUGCUAUUCCAUGACGCAUUUGUCCACGAGCAGUUGCACGAAUUUCCGUACGAGGGUUCGAGAUGGUGGAUUGAUGAAUGCGGUGAUUUUUGAUCGAGAGACGGCUCGGGGGUCGACACAUGUUCGAAGAUCGUAUUCGCAGGAAUCGGAGACGAAAUCUAAAUACUACACUUUUGAAGAUAUGCAAAAACUCGCAUCCGCUCCACAUCCCGAUACUCAUAUCAUCGAUGUCCGCACACCUCUCGAAGUGCAACAAACAGGACGUAUUCCCAGCGCGGUGAAUAUUUCUAUCACGACGGAUCCGGAUGCGUUUAGUAUUAGCGAGGAAGAAUUUGAAGAUCGCUUUGGGUUUGAGAGGCCGGGGAAGGAGGAGGAAUGUGUAUUCUAUUGUAAGACGGGGGUGAGGUCGCGGGCGGCGGCGCAGAUUGCGAAGGGGAAUGGGUGGAGGAAGGUGGGAGAGUUUGAAGGGAGUUGGGCGGAGUGGAGUGGGAAGGGGGGAAAGGUGGAGAGAUGA